CAAGUGAAAGCACCGUCAAUCCUCCUUAAUUUAAAGAAAGAAACUAGAUAGGGUUACUAAAGAAAGAAACUAUAUAAAAAAUAUUAAAAGGUACUAUAAAAGGGUGUGGUCCGUUAACCUUUGUCACUUCGGCGCUCAACAUACCAGUGGCUUGGAAGUUACACUUCCUCAGUAUCUCUGUGCAAUGAGCUGCUGCUGCAUCGCCGGUUCCUCAUGUCUGAUCACCCCAAAAUUCAUCACAAACGCCGCCGCUCGCAGCUUUUGGCCUAUGGACAACAUCUCCUCUAUGGGCUUACAUCGCAACAACACCUCUUCGCCGGUCGCUUCUUACUGCCGGCGGUGGUACAACCCGGAACGUCGCGGAUCGAUCAGUCCAGGACCGGAAAUCAUUCGCCAUUGGGUGGAAGCGGAUGCUCUUCCCUGUGGACAACAUCAAGACAAAUGCGUGAAGCCCAGACAAGGAGGCUCGUAGUUGGGACCAUUCAUGUGCUAUAUAAUCCAGGCCACGGAGAUGUUAAGCUCGGUCAAAAAUUGUGUAGUGAUCAUUUGGCUUUGGUCUCUGAGUUUGAGUUCCUGGAAGUUGUUGGAGAUAAGAAAGAAGCAACUGAAGACCGUACUAUCAUUUAAAGGUGACAUUAUUUCUACUAAUUAAUAAGUGAAAGUGAUAGUACGGCCAAGUGUACUCCAGGAAUAUUGCAUUUCUUAUGGACAUUUAUGGUAUUUCAACUUACAACUUUUGAUUUUCGAAACCUGUUUGUGCAACUGGCUUCCACCUUGUUUCCUAUCACCAUUUUUGUGUGAAAGAUUUAUAGCAAUGAUGAUAAUCGGUGGCUGGUGUUUCAAUUCUUCUCUCUUUUAUAUUGAGUUGUUAUUCUUCUUUAUACUAUAAUUUUUUUCUAAAUUUUCGUCUUAUAAUUCACAGGCUCCAUGUUGAAUAGUGCAAAUCCGUAACCCGUAGUGUAGGUGAUACGAUUACGAUAAUUCCCUCUGAGUAACUAGCUGGGUUUUCAUUCACUUUCCUUCUUUCAAAUCAGAUUCCCCCAAUUUGGCUUCAGUUUCUAUUUGGCAUAUGGUUUAUUUAUGAGUUCUGCAAAGUUUUACCCUUUCUUUUUUUAGUUGUUGCACUGCUUUUAUUUAGUUUUUCAUAUUUUGUCGGAUAGUUUCUAGAUGAAUUUUGUACAUGCACAGCACAUGAUCAUGUGCUUUGUUCGUUGUGUAUGUUUGAUUUUGAAAAUAGAUACAUAGAUAACACAUGCAUAUUUCGGAUAUACAAUAGUUUUUGAUUUCCUGUAGGUAAGACGGUAUUUUAAGGUAAAUGGGUUCUUCAAAGGUGCCUAUUGAUGGUGAAAUAAGUACUCCUCAAAAAUUGAAAUUACUGCCUUGGAAACAGCCCCUUGCAUAAAUAUAAGGUGAGACUGCGUACGAUAGAUCCUUUUGGUCGAACCCUUCCCUGACCCUGCGCAUAGUGGGAGCUUAGUGCUUGCGGCUGCUUUUUUUUUUCAAAAAUUGAAAAUAACGAAUCAUAAUUCUCUGUUUUCUAUGGUAUACAUGUAUUCAUGCUUGCAUAUGACUAGACGAGCAAGAAGGGGCAUGCCCUAAGAAGCAACAAUUUACAUGCAGCUGAUGUACCCUUUCUUUCCAAUAUAUUUAAUUUACAAUUACAUCUAUUGGUGCUCUUAAAGGAUAUCUGUGAAAAGAAAAAGUUUAAUAUUUCGUGGAAAUCUAUUCUUUAUUUAUCAAUUGUCUUUUAGGUUUUUAAAUUACUGCUUUUUCGAUUAAAUUUCAGGUUGAGGUUUCUAAUGCUAUUUCUGUUCUGAAAGCAUAUAUUAGUGAUGCUACCUUAUCCCCAGAAGGUAUCUUUAGCUGCUUCUCCUUGAUGUGUUUCCUUAAAUUUCAAAGAACUUUCUUUUACUGCUACUAAUCCUCUUGGAGAUACAUCUGUCCAUGAUUUCCAUCUUUCUGAAAUAAUUUUAUGAUGUUAGAAGAGAGGGCACAUGACAAACUUUGUUCAUACUAGUCUUGAUUUUAUAUACCUUUUAUGUUCUUCCAAAUUUCACUUGUGUUAAUUUAACUAUUUUUAUGAGGAGGAAUCAUAUUUGAUUAAAUGACCUGAUUGUUAUUGUCAUCAUCACCUUAUAAUACACCAUAACUUUGAUAAGUUUAUAGGCUCAACUAUCCAAGUAAAAGAAGUAGAUAUUAAAAGAAGAUGAAGGGAAAAAAACUACAUAUAAUUUGAAGCUUAAAGGGUACCCAUAGGAUAAAGAAUUACCAAAAAUUGUUAGUUAGAUAAGGGUAAAUUUUAAAAUCCACAAUUGGUUAAUAGUAGCAGUGCAGGAGCCGUAAUAUGUAAUAUGUAAUUUGAUGAGUUCCUGAAACAAGAUGUUAGCAAUCCCUUGCAGAUUCUGAUUUGUGGCCCAUCUUACCCUUAUUGUUAGUUGUAGCAUGACUUUUAUUCUUUAUAAAGUAACAGUCAAAACUAUGAGUGGGAGUUCUCACAUGUAAUUAUAUAUAUGAAGUUCUUGGUUUUAUCAGAAAAUUGAGAAAGCCUUGCACACGAUUGCUUCAAAGAAAAAAGGAAGGAAAGAGGAAAUCUCACUCUUAUUGUGUGUUUAGUUAAAGUCUUGUGAGUUCUCCUGUGGUUUGUUGUACCUUUUCAUUUGGUUCUUUUCUUCCUGCAAGUGGAAAAGCUGCACUGUUUUUUGAGCAUUCUGCUACAACUUGAGGUGCUCUGAGGCUAUCUCGAAGUUCGUUCAUUCUUGCACUUCUAUACAGUCUCUCUGGGUGGUUCUGUGCUUUUGUUGAGCAGUUUUUGUUCCCCUUGUUUUCUUUUUGUAACGAUAUAAAAAUGCGAUUUUCUAUGAUGUUUAAUUUGCUACUACUUGAGGAUUUCUUAGUAAAAACCUGUAUUCUAUUCA